AUGAGCGAUAUUCCAUUAGAUAUAUAUUCCCAACCUAGCGAUGAUGUACCAUUUAAUUUGGAUGGCUCUACAUUAGCAGAAGAAAAUGCUCCUUUUAAUUCAUCCAUAGCAGCAGGACUUGCUAUCAAUGUCACACCAUCAGCAGAGUUUUCUGUAUUGUCAGUAGAUGAAGCAGUCAGUAAAUUGAAAACAAACGGAACCUCCGGUAUUUCCAGUAUGGAGGAGGUAGAACGGCGGAGAGAACUGCAUGGGACAAAUGAAGUAACCUCAGAAGAUGGUGAAGAUAAUGGGAAAUUUGGUCUACUUAAAAGAUUUUUGAGUGGAUUUAUUGAGGAUAGAUUAAUUCUUUUAUUAAUUGGUUCAGCUGUAUUAUCUGCAAUACUUCAUAAUGUAGGUGAUGCAAUUAGUAUCACCGUGGCAAUUGUUAUAGUGAUGUUGGUUGGUUUCAUUCAAGAAUAUAAAUCAGAAAAAUCUAUUGAAGCUUUAAAUAAAUUGGUCCCUGCAACAUGUCAUCUUGUCAGGUUUGGUAGAGAAUCACAUGUAUUAGCAGCUACAUUAGUGCCUGGUGAUAUUGUUGCAUUCCGUGUAGGUGAUAGAAUUCCUGCAGAUUUGAGAGUCAUCGAGAGUGUAGAUUUGUCACUAGAUGAAAGUAGUCUUACUGGUGAACCUGAUCCAGUUCAUAAGUCAUCAGAUUCUGUGCUUGCAAACCCAACAGGAAUUAUUCCAAUAUCAGAGAGACAUUGUAUAGCUUUUAUGGGUACUUUAGUGAAAGAAGGUCACGGUAGAGGCCUUGUGGUAGCUACUGGUAAAGAAACUGCCUUCGGUUCGAUUUUUGAAAUGAUGAGUGCGGUAGAUAAGCCAAAGACACCACUACAAACUGCGAUGGAUCAUCUAGGUAAAGAACUCUCUUUAUUUAGUUUUGUGGUCAUUGGAACAAUAUGUCUUAUUGGUAUAUGGCAAGGUAGAUCGUGGUUAGAUAUGUUUCAAAUUUCUGUAUCCUUGGCUGUUGCUGCCAUUCCAGAAGGUUUACCGAUUAUCGUCACUGUAACAUUGGCAUUGGGAGUAUUAAGGAUGGCCAAGAGGAAAGCAAUUGUAAGAAGGUUACCUAGUGUGGAAACAUUGGGAUCUGUCAAUGUUAUUUGUACAGACAAGACAGGGACCUUAACGGCUAACCAUAUGGCUGUGUCAAAGAUAUGGUGUUUAUCAAGUAUGUCUACUAAGGAAAAUGUUCUAAAUGUGGGAUCUACUACAGAUCUGAGAAAUUAUUUAGCAGGAGACGUUAGGAAGACCUUAGAGAUUGGCUCUUUAUGUAAUAAUGCAACUUUUUCGGUAGAUCAUUCUAAGUUCUUGGGUAAUCCUACAGAUAUCUCAAUAUUAGAAGAACUGUCGAAAUUCGGUAUGGAGGAUGAAAGAGAUAAGUAUACCAGGAUUAAAGAAAUUCCGUUCAACUCGAAGAGAAAGUUUAUGGCCGUGAGACUUAAAUGUGAAAACUCGGACGAUAAGGAAUCUCAAUUGAUAUGCGUUAAAGGUGCAUUCGAAGUCAUCCUUGGUCGUUCCAACACUUACCUGACUGAGGAUGGAAAAAUAGAUAAGCUCACAGAAAAGAACAAAGAAACAAUUAUUGAGUGUGCAAACCAAUUAGCAUCAGAUGGCUUGCGAGUUCUUGCAUUUGCUAGUUCUCCAUAUCACUCUAAAACUGAUUUUACGGAUAUUUCAGAAGAUGAUAUUAAUGAUUUGACAUUUAGCGGUCUAAUCGGUAUGAGAGAUCCACCCCGUCCCACUGUUAAACCAGCAGUAGAAAAAUUAUUACAAGGUGGUGUCCAUAUUAUUAUGAUUACCGGUGAUUCUCCAAACACUGCCGUGAGCAUUGCAAAACAAAUUGGUAUUCCUGUCAUUAAUGAAGAAACUAGUGUCUUAACAGGUGAUAAAAUGAAGACAAUGACUAAUGAACAAUUAGCUAAUGUCAUCAGUCAUGUAAACAUUUUUGCUCGUGCGACUCCAGAAGAUAAGUUAAAUAUUGUUCAAGCAUUGAAAAAGAGAGGUGACGUUGUGGCCAUGACUGGUGACGGUGUGAAUGAUGCGCCAGCAUUGAAGUUGGCUGACAUUGGUAUAUCUAUGGGUAUCAUUGGUACAGAUGUGGCUAAAGAAGCUUCCGAUAUGAUUUUAACUGAUGAUGAUUUUAGCACCAUUCUGACUGCAGUCGAAGAAGGAAAAGGUAUUUUUAAUAACAUUCAAAACUUUUUAACAUUUCAAUUGUCAACCUCCAUUGCAGCACUUUCCAUGAUCGCACUUGCAACCGCGUUGAACUUACCAAAUCCCUUGAACGCCAUGCAAAUUCUUUGGAUUAAUAUUCUUAUGGAUGGACCUCCUGCUCAAUCAUUGGGUGUAGAACCUGUAGAUCAUGAAGUAAUGAAGAAACCACCAAGAUCUCGCUCAGAAAGAAUUUUAACUAUCGCUGUGUUGGGACGUAUAUUGGGGACUGCUAUUUGUAUUAUAUUGGGAACUGUAUUCAUAUAUGUUAAAGAAAUGAGUACCGACGGUGAAAAAUCUGCCAGAGAUACUACAAUGACAUUUACCUGUUUUGUUUUCUUUGACAUGUUUAAUGCAUUAGCGUGUAGACACGCUACAAAAUCGAUAUUUAAGAUUGGAGUUUUUUCAAACAGUAUGUUCAAUUUAUCCGUAGGUCUUUCGUUGAUCGCACAGUUAUGUGUGAUAUAUGUUCCAGUUCUACAGCAUGUUUUCAAGACAGAAAGAUUAGGUGCAUUUGAUCUGUUAUUACUGUUUUGUUUGAGUAGUACAGUUUUUAUAGUGGACGAGUUGCGUAAAUUUAUCGUAAAUCAAUACUUAACAAACUACGUUGAAGAAGAAAAUCGUUAUACUACAACGGUAUGA